ACUCUCCAACCAAACGCUACCUUAGCUUAGCUCAACACAACUGCAUCGUACGGCCCGGGCCGUCUGCGGCCUGCCGUUUACAGCUUACACCAUGCGCCCGCUUCCGGCGUCCGUGGCGUCCCGACUGGCGGCCGUGCUUGCGGAUCCGGUCGGCGUCCCGCUGCCCGUCUUCAACUCCCUCCUCUCUGCGCUUGCCGCCUCCGUGGACCCUUCCCACGGGCACCUCCCGCUCUACCUCUUCCGCCGCCGCCUACUCCCGUUCCGCCGCCCCGAUGCCUUCACUCUCUCCGUCCUCACCUCGGCCCUCCCCUCCGCUGCCGUCACCCUCCACGCCCUCGCGCUCCGCCUGGGCCUCCUCCACGCGGACCCCGUCCUCGCCAACUCUCUGCUCCGUCUGUACAUAUGCCCACCGGUCCCCUGUCAGGGCCUCGCGCGCCGCCUGUUCGAGGAAAUGCCCGCGCGCACCGCGUCCUCCUACAACACCCUUAUCUCGCACUCGCACGACGACGUGUGGGGCCUUGUGCGGCGGAUGGUCGCCGACGGGUGCGCGCCAGACCGGUUCACUAUGUCAGCCGUGCUGCCGGUGUGCACGUCUGCGCGCUGGGGCAGGGAGCUUCAUUGCUAUGCCGUCAGAGAUUGGAUGUGUGGGGACGAUGAUUUCCAUGUGAGCAGCGGCCUGGUGUCCAUGUACUGCAGGGUUGGCCACCCGGACUCUGCAAGAACUGUUUUCAAUAGGAUGGCACGAAGGAACGUUGUUUGCUGGACAGCCAUGGUGGGAGGGUACAUAGAGAAUGGCAUGUUUGAUGAUGCCGUGGAUUGUUUCCGGGCAAUGUGGCUUAUUGAUGCCAUUCCACCGAACAGGAUUACGUUGAUCACUGUGCUCUCGGCCAUUGAGGCCCUCUCGAGCUUAGCAGAGGGGAAACAGGUGCAUGGUUUUGCAGUAAGAAUGAUGAUGCACGCAGAGAUGUCGCUGAACAAUGCUUUGAUUGAUACAUACGCAAAGUGUGGGGCCUUGCAUUAUGCAAGGCGGAUCUUUGAUGAUACCAGUUGGUGCAAAGAUGUGAUCUCAUGGGGUGCAAUGAUUUUGGGUUAUGGCAUUCAUGGUAUGGGUGUGGAAGCAGUUGCUUUGUUCGAUCAGAUGCUUUCAUCUGGGGUUAAACCUGACAGCAUUAUUGGACUUGGUGUUCUUUCAGCUUGUUGCCAUGCAGGUUUGGUGUUGAAGGGCCUUAAUACAUACAGCUCCAUGGUAAAUGAUCACGGGGUUCAUCCAACUGAGGAGAUGUGUGCCUGUAUGGUUGAUUUACUGGGCCGAUCUGGGAAUGUUUACCAUGCCUUGGAUUUUGUGAAGUCAAUGAGUGUGGAGCCAGGCUCUAGUGUCUGGGGAGCACUUCUGGAUGCCUCUGUUAAGUACGACAACAAAGAAAUCCAAGAUCUGGCUUCCAGGUCUCUUCUUAGAUUGGAACAAGGGAAACCAUCUAAUCUUGUUGCAGUAUCAAACCUAAAUGCCUCUUCAGAAAGGUGGAAUAUUGUUAAACAAGUAAGGGAUACAAUCAACCAGGGAUCAUUGAAGAAAAAAACUGGUUGUAGUUGGGUAAAUCCAAUAUAGGUUAACAAUGCUUCUUCGAGUGACUUACAGAUAGGCUUUUGAUGCUUCUGAUCUCAAGUGUACCAUUCAAUGCCUAUGCCUGGGAGCAAUCACAUUAGAUCGCACAAAUUCCUGGAAGGUGUACUGAAGCUACAACAACAAAUCUGCAUGUACUUGUAUGUUGUUAGAUGAGAAGAUUAUGACACAUCUACUGUUGGAGUCUUUAAGCAACAAAAGUGCCUUAUACGAUGAUGUCAAGGUUUUCUGCAAUCUCCUCUUUUCCAGGUCUUCCAAUGAGUUAUAGUUGUAGAAAAUGAUGAAGUUCUGUGCCUAGUUGAACAAUUUGUGUGUACAAUCAAGCUGCAACUUGAGGAUGCAUGAAGCCAACUUGAUAUUCAGCAGUUUUAUCUUAUACAAAGGUUCAUGAUAACUUAGCAUCAAGGGAGAUUCAAUGGGCAGACAGAUGACGGAAGUGGAAACAACAAGUCAGAUCACCAUGUUAGUGGAAACAACAAGUCAGAUCACCAUGUUAUGUUUGGAGGGAAUUUAUUCCAGUCGGUAUCUUGCUCUGGUUCUGGCCAUGAACAGCCUCGCCACGCCAUCUGGUUCCAUCAGCCCUUUCCUUAUUGGAUGAGCAGGCUCGUUCGCUUUCAGAGGUGACAGCAGGUUUGCUCCUGUGACCCUUUCCAGAAUAUCAUGACUCGCGGAUUGAGAUCUCGUGAUGGUUCAUGGUUGCGAGUACUGCGCGCCCGGCCGGCUCCCAUGUUGUUGGUUCGGUCCUCGCGAUCACAGGCGUGCAGAAGAGUGUCAUCUCAGAUUUAAGCAAGCUCCUGACUGGAACGGCUUGAGGCGAUCUGCUAGCCUUUCGUCGGGGAUCAUUGUUUGGUGGUAUGUCAUAAUUGCUCCCCGGACUUAGCAUGCUUUGUGUAGUGUAGGGUCUGCUAGAUCUCCUUUGUAGGCUGUUCCCUCGAUUUAAAAGGUGGCGGCAGGCAUGUUAAUGGCAGGAUGAUUAGCCAUUCAAUAUAUGAUUGGAAAGGCCCAACCGCACCGCGCAUAACUGUACAUCCAGGACGCACAGUGUCAUUCGCUGCUGCGUUGUGCAUUCCGGCUUCAGUUCUGGCAAAGAUCGCGCUUAACGUCGACUGCUGCGGAAUCUGCUCGUCUUGAACAGGUAACUCUUGAGCAGCGGGCAAGAUGGGUCUCCUGUGUUACAUGCGCAUCACUGCAUCAUCAGGUACGCGGUUUGCUGUUUAAAUUUGCGAUGGGUCUCUCAUUUCUUUUCUUUUUCCUACAACCUGUUGGUAGUAGUUGUCAAUGAAGAAUCUCAUGUUUUACACUGUACCGUCAGCUACAGGUAGUACAGUACAUCUGCUGCUGGUGCUUACAUUACAGUUCGGUCCAUCCUGCCAUGUGGUGGGCACUGAUAACCAGCCAAUCAUGGAGACUUGUUGUACCUCGCGCCAUUAAGCGGCUCCCCCUUCGCGCCCAUGAAGAUCUCACGUGGAUGGGAUCCACUGUCACUGUUGGAUGCGAAGGUACGCUCCCUCACAGCCAAUCAAGCAUCCGGACGUCCGGAUGGACGCACGGCCCGUGCCCGUGCCUGUGGCGCUGUGCUGCCGGCCUCGUCGUCCGGACGACCGACGACCACCGGUGGAGCGCACAUAUGCAUGUUUUCUCUUCUCUUGCGAGCGCUGGCUGGUCCUGGGUUGGCUGGCUGGCGGCGCGCGCUUGUCCUUCCUCCGGCGCUCUCUCGUCAGAAGGGGUGAAGAGGGGAAGGCUGAUGUGGCACGCGCAGUGUGAGCUGGCGCGGGCGGGCGUCGGCGCCGUCGCUCUCCCGACCUGGUGCUGAGCGCGACGCGGGGCGCCGGGGCCAGGACGAUUCGUAUUUGUGAUUCCCCCGCCGUGACCCGCGCGACUGGACGGAUCGGGUUUUCUGGCGGUCGCUGUCGCCGCCAGCAAGAUGGGUCGCUGGGCUCUCGGGGGUGGGACGGAUGGCAGCGAGGGAGCUCCGUUCUUCCGCCCCUCAUCAUUGCCCGUCCUGCCAGCUGCUGUCCGUACGCGUGUGGCAGCACGCACACGCCCGUAUGGGUUCUUGUUAUAUGUUUGUACUGUACUAGGCGCGCCAAGACGAUGAGGCUGGAUCUGGUGCCUGUUACCGUAGGACAGAUCCAUUAUCGAUUACUCAUCGUAAUUCUUAUGUACCGUACUAUUACAUUCACAGUCACUUUAACGUUAUAUCAACCUUUUCUUUUGCAUA